GUUAUAUUUUAUUGAACUUUAUGUCAAAUCGUUGGUUUGGGUAAUGAAAUGAGAGUAUUAUGAAAUGUGCAGAUAACAAUAAGAAAAGAAAAAACAAAUGAGUAGAGAAGGAAAGCUGGUGUGCGUAACAGGAGGAUCGGGUUACAUAGCCUCAUGGCUUAUCAAAUAUUUGCUGCAAAGCAGCUACAUUGUCAACACCACUGUUCGUGAUUUAAAUGAUCCAAAGAAAAAUGCACAUUUACUUGCACUUGAUGGAGCCAACGAAAGACUUCAUUUGUUUAAAGCUGAUUUAUUGGAAGAAGGAUCAUUUGAUGCUGCAGUUGAUGGGUGCCUAGGUGUUUUCCAUACAGCUUCUCCUGUAUCUUUUUCAGUCACUGAACCUCAGACGGAGCUAAUUGAUCCAGCAUUGAAGGGAACGCUUAAUGUACUAAGAUCUUGUGCAAAAGUGCCUUCUAUAAAGAAAGUCAUUAUAACAUCUUCGUUUGCAACUGCUCCUAUUAAUGGAAAACCUCUUGGCCCGGAUGUUAUUGUUGAUGAAACGUGGUUUUCCGACCCAGAUGUGUGUAGGGAGCAGAAGCGUUGGUAUCAUCUUUCGAAGACAUUAGCAGAGCAGGCUGCUUGGAAAUUUGCAAAAGAAAACCGAAUAGAAUUGGUUACAAUUCAUCCUGUGUUUGUCAUCGGUCCUCUUUUACAGCCCACACUUAAUGUUUCAGUGGAAAUGAUUUUAAACCUUAUAAAUGGAGCCCAAGAGUAUCCUGAUGCAUAUUAUAAAUCUGUUGAUGUAAGAGAUGUUGCUUGUGCACAUAUUAAAGCCUUGGAGAGUUCUUCAGCAGCUGGAAGAUACUUUUUAAUUGAAAGUGAUGUACACUAUUCUGAGAUUCUGAAGAUUGUGCAUCAACUGUAUCCUACCUUGCAACUCCCACAAAAGUGUGACGCCGGAAUGGGAUCCUUAAUAAUGUAUAAGGUGUCAAAGGAUAAAGCGAAAACUUUAGGGAUUGAUUUCAUUCCAUUGGAAGUGAGUCUGAAGGACACUAUUGAAAGCUUAAAAGAGAAGGGCUACCUUAGCAUUUGAUUUUGGUCAUUGAUGCAA